AUGUCGACGCCAUCAGCAACGCGUGCACUCGACUACCUCGAAACCCUCCCUGGCCUGACCUUCGCCAAACUAUACGCCCAACCCAGCACAGCACUCGCGGUCUUCAGGCGCAUGCUCCCUCAUCUAGCCAAAACCAUAGUCAUGGCCAUGCUGUAUCUCCCCACCACAAUGAGCGCAUCCUCCCUCGAAACUUGGUUCAAAGGUGAUGGUGCCAGCCAGGCAGAACGAGAACGGGCAGUCAGCGUGCUGGUCCGGCUAAAGAUCAUGAUGGAAGAGCAAGGAGCACAUGGGCAGGGGUUGCUCUAUCGGUUGAGUCCGGCAUUUGCACAGGGAUUGAGGUGUGCGUUGACGGGCGCAGCUGGGACGGGAGGUGGAGCAGGAAAGGGAAGCUUUGGGGUGGCGUGUAGUGCGGAGGAGGUGAAAGCAGAGGAAGCACAAAGCGGAGAGGUGGUGGAUGUUGCAUUCCUGGAUGACUUUGCGCGCAAGCAGUGGGAGGCAAUCUUAUAUUAUGUUGUUGGGUCGGCGAAUAGCGGCCUCACGGGCGAGAACGACAUCGCUUCAGGGACAAAGACUUUGCUGCAGAACGGCGGAUAUGUGCAGUUGAAGAGCGCCGGACGACAGCGUGUCAUUACUCAGCAAGGCUUUACAUUUUUGUUGGAGGAAGUCAACGCACAAGUCUGGAGUCUGRCAGUGGUGUAUCUGAACUUUUGCGAAAAGCUCGGAAUGGAACCUCCAGAUGUCCUCUCCUUCCUCUUCACCCUCGGCUCUCUCGAAUUGGGAAUCGCCUACAGCGCCCGCAGCUUAACGCCCACUCAGAAUCAAAUGCUCACGGACCUCGAGUCUUUCGGACUGGUCUACCGCCGCACCCCAACAUCAAACCACUUCUAUCCAACCCGCCUCUCAACAACCCUGACCUCCGACUCUCCAGCUCUCCUAAACUCCUCCCUCACAUCUGCCUCUAGCUCUUCAGGCGCCGCAACCGGCGAAAAAGGCUACAUCAUCCUUGAAACCAACUACCGCCUCUACGCCUACACCUCAUCACCCCUCCAAAUCUCCCUCCUAUCCCUCUUCUCCACCCUCCACACCCGGUAUCCAAACCUCAUAACAGCCAAAAUAACAAAAGCGUCCAUUGCCUCCGCAAUCUCACAAUCCAUCACCGCAGACCAAAUCAUCACAUACCUCUCCACCCACGCCCAUCCAAUCUUGCGGCGUUCGGCAGCAAUCCAUCAAGCUCCAAUCCUCCCUCCAACAGUCGUGGAUCAGAUCCGUCUGUGGCAAAUCGAAGGGGAGAGAAUGACGACUUGGAAGGGGUUUUAUAUCAAAGAUAUGGGCGAGGAGGAGUAUAGGAAAGCUGUGGAGUAUGCGGAAGCUCUUGGGGUGUUGAGGCAGAGGUUCGAUUCGAAGAGAGCGUUCUUUGUGUCGAGAAUGGAUCAGAUGCAGGGGUAUUUUAAGCAGCAGGCGGCGAAUAAGAAGAGAGACAAGGCUGCCGCAGGAGGAGGCUGA